CUCGGAAAGAUUCACGAAGAGCGGGUAACGGGUUAUUGACUCUGCUUGUACCACAUCCACCGCGCUCUAUCCUUCUGUUGCCUAUACCCGCUCAUCACACUAGCUUUCUUAUUUCCUUCUAUCUUCUGACAUUCUCGAGCUCAACGAUCACCAUGACGCUCGACGUGACCAGUUUCAUCGACCGCAAGGGCGGUAACGCCGAGGAGAUUCGCGAAUCGCAACGGAAACGAGGAGAGUCAGCCGAAAUCGUCGACGAGGUCAUUGGGAUGUACGAUGAGUGGGCCAAAAAGGGAUUUGAGGAGAACACCCUGAGCAAGCAGAUAAACGAGAUCCAGAAGCAGAUCGGUGCUAAGAAGAAGGCCAAGGAGAACGCAGACGAGCUAGUUGCGAACAAGAAGACACUCGAUGCUCAGCUUGAGGCAAUGAAAAAGGCAACUAAGGAGUACGAGCAGGAGAUGCGCAAAAAGGCGAGCACUGUUGGCAAUAUCAUCGCCAAGGACGUUCCCAUUAGCCAGACGGAGGAUGAAAACGUCACUCUCCGGACAUGGCACCCCGAUGGUCCUAACGCGCAGGUUGAGAAGAAGACUGACAUCAUGCCCCAUCACGAAGUUCUUCUCCGACUGGACGCUAUGGAUCUUGAUCGCGGUGCCAAGGUGGCAGGCCACCGUGGCUACUUCCUCACGGACGAUGGCGUAGACCUGAACCAGGCGCUCAUCUCAUAUGCCCUAGACUUCCUCCGUGGGCGCGGAUACAAAAAGAUUCAGCCACCAUUCAUGGUCAACAAGGAUGUUAUGGCCAAGACGGCGCAGCUUGAUCAAUUUGACGAGGAGCUCUACAAGGUGAUCGCGAGCGAAGACGAGAAAUACCUCAUUGCUACCUCGGAACAGCCCAUCUCUGCCUUCCACCAAGAUGAGUGGUUCGAAGACCCGAAGACUCAGCUGCCAAUUUACUAUGCUGGUUACUCGACAUGCUUCCGCAAGGAGGCCGGCUCCGCAGGACGCGAUAUGUGGGGCAUCUUCCGCGUGCACCAGUUCGAGAAGGUCGAGCAGUUCGUCAUUACCGCGCCCGAUGCGUCCUGGGAGGCAUUUGACACGAUGCUCGGCAACUCGGAGGCAUUCUAUCAGUCGCUGGGGCUACCAUACCGUGUCGUGGCAAUCGUAUCGGGCGCGCUGAACUUGGCGGCGGCCAAGAAGUGCGAUCUGGAGGCGUGGUUCCCCUUCCAAGGAGACUAUAAGGAGCUGGUCUCGUGCUCGAACUGCACAGAUUACCAGAGCAGACGGCUAGAAGUCCGAUGCGGUCUCCGCUCGAAGGACCAGCAGCGCAAGGUCUACGUGCACAUGCUCAAUGGUACGAUGUGCGCAACCGAGCGUGCGCUCUGCUGUCUUGUCGAGAACUACCAGACACCCGAGGGUCUGAGAGUCCCCGAGGUACUCCGUCCGUACAUGCACGGCCGCGACUUCCUCCCUUGGAAAAAGGAGCUGCCCAAGAACCUGCAGCGCAAGCAGGCGUGAUGGUUACCCCUAGUGGUUUUUCAUCUCUAUAUUUCUGAGUAGUUGGGAAUGUACGUUUCGUAUGACUAUAGACGGGGCCUUGCACGUAUCGGCCUCUUGACG